AACAACAACGCGCCAAGAUUUACAACGCGCGGAACCCAAAGGCACAAAAAGUGUAAAAGGCAAAGCAAAUGCAGCAGAAGAAAAAAAAUUAGCGCAUAGUGAAGUGUAUCUCCCAGUGUGUGCGAGUGUGUGUGCGAGUGCAUAUAUCUCUCUAUGUGUGUACGAGUGUUGCAGCUAAAAGAAAAAGUUUGAAAAGUGUCAAGCAGCAGCACAGCAACAGCAGCAGCCCGGAAAGCGGCAAGCGGCACGGCACUCCGGCUCUCGCUCUAUUCGGUUCGGCCAAUAACCCAAACGACAUUUUGUGGCAGGCAUGCAAUGCGGCGUGGCGACCCCAACGGGCCAGCCUGCGAGUUAAUUACCGUUAUCCUUGCACAGCAACAACAGCAACAACAGCACAAGCAACAACACAAACAACAACUAAACGGUACUCAAGUUGUGGAUUACGAUUACGUCCCGCUGUCGUCCCGCUGUGUGAAAGGACAACGACAACCACCACAUCGACAACGACAUCCCCAUCCGCAUCUGCACCAGCCCCAGCCCCAGCUCCAGCUCCAGCCCCAUCCCAUACGCAGACAAGGCCAAGUCGUCGUCGUAGUCGUCAAGCAAACAUUCCAAUCGGAAACGGGCUAAUUGGCACACUGCGAAUCUCAAAACGAGCUAUAGCUUUUACCCGUGAGCAAGCAGCCGUAGAGACGAAAUCCAUUCCGUUCAUCAUGCGCUAAGCGGCAGCUAAGAUAGACAACGGCGCAAACUGUGGGCUAUAGAGAGUGACGAGCAGAGACGGGAAGGAAGUCAAAGGACACAGCAGGAACGCCCCAACCCCCACCCCCACGGAAAGAUGCCAUCCAUAGCCAAUAGCAGCAGCAGCAGCAGCAGCAGCAACAACGGCAGCAGCAACUUCCUGACUGCCAACGAUGUGCGUCUCAGUUACGUUGUAAAUCAAGUUGCAUCCUCAACCGCAUCCGCAUCCGCCUCCGCCUCUACGUCUGCCUCUGCCUCCGCCACUGACUUUCCCACAUUCAGUCCACCGCGGAUUGAGAGUUUGGUGGCCAGCUCCGCGGAGCAGGAUCUGAGCAGCUUUGGUGAUGUGACAUUCGACAUCUUUGACGACGAUGACGAUUUGUUCGGCUCACCCAUGGCCUUCGAUGCCACCGAGCAGGGCCUGUGGAAUGGUCGAUUUGUGCCACCGCCGCCGCGGCCGCCCUUCUUUGUGGAUGAGCCCGUGCUGAGCGAUGGCCUGACCACAUGUGAUUUAUGCUCCUGGGCCAUGCCCACAAAGAACACAUUCAUGUUCGAGGGUACGAUAGAAAAAGCCACCGAACUGGGCUGGCCACUGACGUUGAUCAUUGUCUCUGUGCUGUCGGCGCUACUGGGCGCCAUCAUCAUGAUUGCUGUGGUGCGAUGCCGGCGUAAAAAGUCAUCCAACAAUCGAAAUGACACGCACGUGCAGUGGUGGUCCCGGAACAAGCGCGCCCACGGCAAUAGCCUCAGUGGUGCGGGUGGCGGCAGUGGGACUGGUGCCAAUGCCGGCAGCAGUGCCCAUCUCCACCAUCAUCCCCACAAUGGGAGCAACAACAACAUCAGCAACAACAACAACCAUCUGAGGAGAAGCAACAUCUAUACGGCACACCCGGCGGACAGCAUACGUUGCCCGUUGCCACUGCCACCAUCCUCGUCAUCGCCCACGCUAGGGGGCACAGUCAUGGCCAUGACCAUGUCCCCAUCAUCAUCAUCCACAGCAGCAGCAGCGGCGGCAGCAGCAGCAGCAGGAGUGAAUGGUGCAGCAGCCAGCGCGCCGCUGGGGCAACACUACUUCCAUCCAUAUCACCAGCAGCAUCAGCAUCAUCCACAUGCACAUCCACAGCAUCCCCAGCAUCCCCAGCAUCCACAGCAUCCCCAUCAUCAGCUUCAACUGCAGCAUCAGCAUCAGCUCCAUUCGCAUGCACAUCAUUCGCAUCAUCAGCAGCAGCAGCCGCCGUCGCAUCAUCAUGUGCCGCUCUACCCGCAUGACUGUGACGAGGAUGCCGCCUACGAGGAGCCCGAAUAUCAUCAGCCCCAGCAGCUGCAUUCGGCCCACAGCCACAGCUGCUCCUCCAUUUCGUCGGCCUCGCUUUCGGUGUCGGCCCCCUCCUCGCCAGUGCCCACCGUGGCCUCCUCCUCCGCCGGACUGGCAGCAGCAGCAGCCAUUGCCGCUUGCCACUGGCCGCAGGCCACUGCCAGCACGAUGGUGAUUGCCAGCUGAGACUCGGUUGAAGGCUGCUCCUGGACGGUGCAGCCUCAGGAGCCACCAGGAGCGAGCAGCAGCAGCAGCACCAGCAACUGGAUCUGGCAGUGACAAGUUGUGCAACAUUUCAGCGGUGGCAGUGGCUGCCCCGCGGCUGCUUAAGAUGCAGCGCACAUAUUCUGGGUGCAGAUCAUAAAAAGGAUUACACGUAACGAUUUUGUCAAGUCCAUAAGCAUCUAAAGGAUACACUCCCGAUACACUGUAUCUAUGUCGUCUGUGUGUGUGCGUGUGCGUGUGUGUGUGUGUCUCCCAAUUGGGGAAAAACCGAAACGAAUUUAGUGUCACUUCCGUUUCCGUUUUGCAAACUAUCGAACCAGACAGCCCAGCCAGCCAGCAGGCAGAAGGCAGACAUUUUUGGGUUUGUGGUACAUGUGUGUGACACCAGCAGCAGAACAGAAGGAGGAUACAAGGAUGCCUCUCUUUACAUGCCAUGCACGUUUUAUCCUUUAUUGCCGUUCGGCAUUAGAACAGGGAUUUUGUCAGAUUAAAGCAAAUAAAGGGCGUGGCAUGGCGUGGCGUGGCGUGUGCUUUCUGUUUGCACCCAAACCCAACAUUCUACUACACAUUCGAACUGGCAACUGCGCGUCGAUGAUGCCACAAGUUUAAAUCGUUGUUCAGCCCUCACCCCCCAACCAGUAUGAUGCUGGCUAUGCUGGUUACCACUAGUAGAUGUUAAAAUUGCAGCAGCAAAUAAUAUAUAAAAUGUCAGGCGAAAGGGUAAGCCUCAGUCGAGUUACUCCCAUGUUCAAUGCUCAAAUGUACAUUUCCCACUUGUUUUUUGGGACAUUUUUCGGCUUAAGCUAUCUCUGUGUAUCUGUGUGAAUGGUAUGGUAUGUAUGCCUGAGUAUCUGAGUGUUUUGUGGUGUAGCCUCCUCUCGGGACGGGAAUCUAUCUGCUGGUCCGGACAGGAUAUAUGCAGCCCAGCCCAAUCCUGUCCUGCCCUGCCCUGCCCCACACCACACAACUUUGUGGCUUUUCACAUCAUUCCAAUGACAAGAGCAAAUAGAUUCCACUACUAACAAGAAACAGAACCAUUAAAAACAGUGUAAAUAUCGUAAAAGCAAAGGAAAAGUUAGGGAAAAGUCCAACCGAAAGGUAUUAAAAAAGGCAAAAUAAACUCGCAAAAUAUCUAAAAUACACACACAAAAUCCAGCUUUUAAUAGGCAUUUGCAUUUUGCAUUUUUUAAAUAGUCAAUAACUAAUUCAUGACAAAAGGCAUAUCAAAUUUAAACACAAACUAAAAUUAAUGAAUACGAAAAAAAAACGGCGCAAAAAACGUACUUAAAACAAUCAACAAACUAAACUAAAAACUUAAACUAAACGCUAAACAAAAAAAAAGCAACUACAUAUUGUACAUACAAUUAUCUUGCUCCAAUUAGCAAUUAACUAAGGGAGCAUUCAGCAGAAAGUUUUCAACAACUAAAUAUUGCAUUAAUUUCCACAAACAAAAACACAGCAUUCCUCUUUCUCUCUCUCACUCUCUUCAAAGGCAAACCAGCCAAGCGAAAAGUUCAAGUUUUUAUUUACAAAAAAAAAAAAAAAAAAUAUAAAUAUAAAUUAAACAAACAAAUUUACUAAUUUAGCUACUAAAAAAAAAACGAAAGAAAAAUGAGCAUAAACCAACCAAAGACUAGUCAUUUAAGUCAAAAUGUUGCUAUGUACAAAAGAAAUAAAAUAUAAAUAGUAGGGGCGAGAAAAAAAAGGCGUAUGAUUAAGCGAGUUAAUUAAUUCGAUAUUUAUGGAAUGCAUUCCAUUUGGAGCGGGUACAGUUCGGGGGGCAUUUAUUAGUUUUACGAGAUGAAAGAACAACUGCAAUAUUGUAUUUUAAAUAUUUAUUCAUUAAAUGUGCACACAUCAGACCAUCUACCCUACUCCAUAUUUCCCUGCCACAAAUAACAAUAAUCGUAAUUAGCAUUUAUAAU